GGGAGUGUAAAAUUAUUCAGCUAUAAGGAGUUGGAUAGGGCAACUGCAAGAUUUCACCAAUCCAAUAAGAUUGGUGAGGGAGGUUAUGGACCAGUGUAUAAGGGAACGCUCAAGGAUGGAACAGCUGUUGCAGUAAAGGUGCUCUCUUUGCAGUCUAGGCAAGGCGCGAAGGAAUUUCUUAGUGAACUUAUGGCGAUCUCUGAUAUUUCCCAUGAGAAUCUUGUCAAACUUUAUGGCUGUUGUGUGGAAGGAAGCCACAGGAUCCUUGUCUAUAAUUAUCUUGAAAAUAAUAGCCUUGCACAAACCCUUCUAGGUUCUCAGCGUAGCAGCAUCCAGUUCAAUUGGAGAACUCGGGUGAAUAUUUGCAUUGGUGUUGCCCAGGGACUAGCAUACCUCCACGACGGUAUCCGGCCUCACGUUGUCCAUCGUGACAUCAAAGCAAGCAAUAUACUUCUCGAUAAGGAUCUUACCCCGAAAAUUUCUGAUUUCGGCUUAACAAGGCUUCUACCUUCAGGUGUAGCACAUAUUAGCACAAGAGUCGCAGGAACACGAGGUUACUUGGCUCCUGAAUACGCCAUCCGAGGACAAGUGACACGGAAGUUAGAUGUUUACAGCUUUGGUGUUCUGCUGAUAGAAAUAGUCAGUGGAAGAUGCAACACUGAUACAAGACUGUCGUACGAAGAUCAGAUUCUUCUUGUGAAGACAUGGGAAUACUAUGACCAGGGGCAACUGGACAAGAUCAUCGACAGCUCGCUGGGCGACGACCUGGACGUCGACGAGGCGUGCAGGUUCCUGAAAGUGGGGCUCUUGUGCACGAAGAACGUCACGAAACGCCGGCCCGAUAUGUCGACGGUGACCCGCAUGCUGAGGGGCGAGGAGGACAUGGAGUCGCAGGAGAUCAUUAAGCCCGACGUGAUCCGGGACAUCAUGGACCUGAAGCUGAGGAGCAAGGCCACGUCAUCGUCGCUGCUGACCUCAGCCGUGGGGCAGUCCUCCCCGUCGUCGUCAUCCAUGGGCAACACCACCCGCGCCUCCAGCACCUUCACCGCGACAUCGGACCGCCCCUGAUUGACGAGUUAUGCCGGGAGAAAAACGGAUACACCGAGGGGGAGGGGGGAGACCGUACGGACGGCAGAGCAAACCGUGGAUAGGUAGUGUAGGGCAGCCCACAUUUUUCUUCUUCCUUUUUUUGUGCUUGUAUGUUCUUUGUGGUAUAGCUUUCAUCAUACUUCCAUUUACUCCACUUGAUUGUUUUGUGUAUAAAAGGGUUAUCCGGAUAUCUGUCAGUACAUAAAAACCAAGCCACGUCUAGUUCUAUCACUGUGAAGAGCGCGUACAGCCUCGCUCUUGAGGAAAAAUAAUGCAUGUCCGCG